AUGGAGCCUGGGGGCUUGGCCGGCACAGGCACCCUUGUGCAGCAUGUGGUCACAAGCAGGCCCUUGCUCCGGUCUCGCUGGAUGGCGGCGCCCACUCCUAGUGAGCUCGAGGGGGGAAGGACCGGGGCAGCCGGAGCAGGGGCCAGGAUGCGCCGGAGUCGGACAGCCCUGUCCUUCCUGAGCAUGGAGCGAUCCAGAGACUCCCCGGACCUCGGCACCUGCAGCACAGCACCCCAUAUGAACGCCAUCAAGCGGCGUUUCUCGGGGACCCCGCUGCUACCGCCGCUGGCUUGCCGCCAUGUGGCACUCAGCGAGGCCAGCAGGCCCCCAGAGCCAGAGGGCCCCAGGGUCGUGUUCACCAUCGAAGAGAGCAGGCCGAGCAGCGGCCAGGAGCCUGGCUUCUUACGCUUUGACAUUGAAAAUGGCCUUUCAUCGGGGAGGAGCCCGCUUGACCCCCAAGCCAGCCCCGGCUCUGGCCUGGUCCUGCAGGGGAACGUCCCUCACAGCCAGCGGCGGGAGUCCUUCCUCUACCGCUCCGACAGCGACUAUGAUCUGUCUCCCAAAGCCAUGUCCCGGAACUCCUCCAUCGCCAGCGACCUGCAUGGAGAAGACAUGAUCGUCACGCCCUUCGCGCAGGUCCUGGCCAGCCUGCGCACCGUCAGGAGCAACUUUGCCAUGCUGACGCAUCUGCAGGACCGCGUGGCUAGCAAGAGAACUUCUAGCAGCAACCCGCCAUCUGUGUGCAAGGCCAGCCUGUCGGAGGAUGCCUGUCAGAAGCUGGCAAUCGAGACCCUGGAAGAGCUGGACUGGUGCUUGGACCAGCUGGAGACCCUGCAGACCAGGCAUUCUGUCAGCGAGAUGGCCUCCAACAAGUUUAAAAGGAUGCUGAAUAGGGAACUGACGCACCUAUCCGAAACCAGCCGCUCUGGCAACCAGGUGUCUGAAUACAUCUCCAGCACCUUCCUGGACAAGCAGCAUGAGGUGGAAAUUUCCUCCCCCACGCCCAAGGAGAAGGAGGCGGAGAAGACGACGCGCCCCAUGGCCCAGAUCAGCGGCCUGAAGAAACUGACGCACAGCUCCAGCUUCAUCAGCUCCAGCAUCCCUCGCUUCGGGGUCAAGACGGACCAGGAAGGGCUCCUGGCCAAGGAACUCGAAGAUACAAACAAAUGGGGUCUUGACAUGUUUAAAAUCACCGAGUAUUCUGGCAACCGCCCGCUUACGGUCGUCAUGUACAGCAUCUUCCAGGAGCGGGACCUGAUGAAGACCUUCCGCAUCCCAGCCGACACCUUCAUCACCUACCUGAUGACCCUGGAGGACCAUUACCACGCCGACGUGGCCUAUCACAACAACAUCCACGCCGCAGACGUGGUCCAGUCCACGCACGUGCUGCUGUCCACGCCGGCUCUGGAGGCUGUGUUCACGGACCUGGAGGUCAUGGCUGCCAUCUUCGCCAGCGCCAUCCAUGACGUUGACCACCCAGGCGUGUCAAACCAGUUCCUGAUCAACACCAACUCGGAGCUGGCUCUGAUGUACAACGACGUCUCUGUCCUGGAGAAUCACCACUUGGCCGUAGGCUUCAAGCUCCUCCAGGAGGAAAACUGCGACAUCUUCCAGCACCUCAGCAAGAAGCAGCGGCAGUCGCUCCGCAAGAUGGCCAUCGACAUGGUGCUGGCAACGGACAUGUCCAAACACAUGAACCUGCUGGCAGAUCUGAAGACAAUGGUGGAGACCAAGAAGGUGACCAGUCUGGGAGUCCUGCUGCUGGAUAACUACUCGGACCGAAUCCAGGUCCUGCAGAACAUGGUUCACUGCGCUGACCUCAGCAACCCCACCAAGCCCCUGGAGCUGUACCGCCAGUGGACGGACCGGAUCAUGGUGGAGUUCUUCCACCAGGGGGACCGGGAGCGGGAGAAGGGCAUGGAGAUCAGCCCCAUGUGCGACAAGCUCAGCGCCUCCGUGGAGAAGUCCCAGGUGGGCUUCAUCGACUACAUCGCUCACCCGCUGUGGGAGACGUGGGCCGACCUGGUGCACCCCGACGCCCAGGAGAUCCUGGACACGCUGGAGGACAACCGGGAGUGGUACCAGAGCAUGAUCCCGCACAGCCCCUCACCACCCGAGGAGCAGGACCCCGAGAAGGGCGGUGGGGGGGAGAAGUUCCAGUUCCAGCUGACCCUGGAGGAGGAGGGCGAGUCGGACACUGAGCCAGAGGAGGCCGAGAGCCCGCUGGAGGAGGACAACAGUGGCAGCGACUCCAAGAUGCUGGCCACGGACGACUCGGCGUCGCCAGAGCUCGAGCGCCUGUCCCCUGGCUCAGCUGGCCGGGACUCUCCACCCCCCACGCCCAGCGGCCCGCUCAGGAACACGCUGGUCAAGCAGAAGGAGGCCUUGCACUUUGACAACAGGAGGGCUCUGGAGAGGACGCUCUCGCAGCCCGACAGCGGCACCUUGGAGUUGGGCCGCAGGGGGAGCCUGGAGGCCAAGGAGCUGGCCCUGGACACAGAGGGGAACCUCACGUUUCUGCCACUGGGGACGUAA